CGCAGGCGCGAUCGAUUUGUCAGCUCACUAUUGCUUGCGCCUGGAAUACGUGGUGCAAGGGGGAACGUUCUGUGUUCGAGCGAUUGAGCCUGAACGAGGACCGGGGACGCGCACGCCGGAAGAGGCUCGCCACAGUCGUACAUGCUCGUGGCCGCGGCCCAGCUCCCGGCCUUCUAGUCGUCCGGUACUUCGCUGUUGUGGGAAACGGCUGCUUCCGCCGCCUUUCCGCGGCCAGCUGCCCGGGAGGGAUGUCGAGGAGUUCCAAGGUGGUGCUGGGCCUCUCUGUGGUGCUCACGGUGGGUACAGUCGUCGGGGUGCAUAUUCGGCAGAAGCAAGACCAACAGAGGCUUCGAGACGGAGUGCUCAGAGAUAUAGAGAGGCAAAAUCGGAAAAAAGAAAAUGUUCGUCUUUUGGAAGAACAGAUUAUUUUGACUGAGCAUCUUGAAGCAGAAAGAAAGAUGUUACUGGCAAAAGGUUCUCAAAAAACAUGAGUCUUGAAGUGAAUGAAAUAUUAA